CGUUCCAUCUGCCCGCCCGGGGCGGGGGGAGGAGCGGGCGGCAGCGACUUCCUCUUCCCCUGAGCUCGCCGGUGGCGGCAGAACGGAGGAGCGCCGAGGGGGAGCCCCCCCGCACCGGCCGCUGCCCUGGAGAGGAAGGAAGGAAGAGAGAGGGGGCGGGGGCGUGUGGCGUGAUGAGUUCCCCUGGCAGGGCCAGCAGCAAGUUUCCCCUGCACGUCCUGGUCUGGAAUAAUGACUACAGGCGGCUGGACGAGGAGCUGCAAGAUAAGGAUGUCGAUCAACGUGAUCCACGAGGCCGGACCUUGUUGCACCUUGCUGUUUCCUUGGGUUAUAUAGAAUCUGCUGAAGUCCUUCUUCAACACAAGGCAGAUGUAACCAAAGAAAACGCGCAGGGAUGGACAGUCUUACAUGAGGCUGUCAGUACAGGAGAUCCAGAGAUGGUACAUAUGAUUUUGCAGCAUCGGGACUAUCAGCAAACAUCUAUGAUGCUUGGAGGAGUUCCUGAAUUACUCCAAAAGAUUAACGAGACUCCUGACUUUUAUGUGGAAAUGAAAUGGGAAUUUACUAGCUGGGUCCCACUUGUUUCUAGAGUGUGUCCAAGUGAUGUCUGCCGCAUCUGGAAAAGUGGUGCCAAGCUACGAGUGGAUAUCACAUUAUUGGGUUUUGAAAAUAUGAGCUGGGAGAGAGGAAGACGUAGUUUAAUUUUCAAAGGAGAAGAUACUGGAGGCUGGGCAGAGCUAAUUGAGAUCAAUCAUGAUGAUAAGUUUGUUACAACGGAGCGUUUUGAGAUUUCCCAACACAUGAAGCGUUUGACAUUGGGAUCUAUGACACCAAAAAGAAAAGAUGUGGAAAGACGCCUUACAUCUCCAAUUAUUAAUACGUGCCUUGAUACAAAAAAUAUUGCUUUUGAAAGAACCACAUCUGGAUUCUGGGUAUGGAGGACAGAGAAAGCAGAAGGUGUAAAUGGUUAUGAAGCAAAGGUGUACACUGCAAACAAUGUGAAUGUAGUCACAAAAAUCCGAACAGAACAUUUAACAGAAGAGGAGAAGAAAAGAUAUAAAGCUGACAGGAACCCCCUGGAAUCCUUUCUGGGUACAGUGGAGCAUGAGUAUGGUGCUCAGGAUCUAACAACAGAGUAUGCCACAAUUAACAAUCCUACUGCUAUUACUCUGGAGGAAUAUUUUGACCCAGAGUUCGAAUUGAAAGAUAGAGACAUAGGAAGACCAAAAGAAGUCACCAUUAGAACACAGAAAUUUAAAGCAACCUUGUGGAUGAGUGAAGAGUUUCCUUUGUCUCUUAUGGAACAAGUCACUCCAAUCAUUGAUCUGAUGGCCAGAACUAGUGCUCAUUUUGCUAGACUUAGGGAUUUCAUCACUUUGGAAUUUCCACCAGGAUUUCCUGUCAAAAUUGAAAUUCCCUUAUUUCAUGUGCUGAAUGCCCGAAUUACAUUUGAAAAUGUUAAUGGCUGCAGGACAGCUGACAAACCAUCAUCACAAAUCAGCGGAGGUGCACAGUGUGAGUCAUCAGGUGGUACUUUUGAGGUUGACCAGUCAGUGUUUGAGAUCCCUAAAUCUUACCAUGUCCAAGAUGAUGGUAGGAACAUACAUGUGCAGGAUGAAGAUAAUGAGAUUAUGCAAUUUGCUAUUCAGCAGAGUUUGUUGGAAUCCAGUGGAAAUAAAGAAAUGGGAAUGCAUUCCAAUGGAGCAGUUGCAUAUUCACAGGACUUCAAUUUACAGUAUCAGAGGGCACUGCAGGAGAGCUUUCUAACAAGCUCAGGUAAUUCACACUGCAGCACUCCUAGUGAGCCUUCCAGUUUUGAAAAAGACUUGCAGCUUGCUAUGGAGUUGUCAGUCCGAGAGCAGGAGGAGCGGGAGAGGCAACGUCGAGAAGAGGAAGACGCAGAGCUUCAGCAAGUUCUACAGCUUUCUCUUGUGGAAAAAUAACUCCGUAGUGAUCUCCUGAAAUAAGGAUGACCAAAGUGUGAAAUUGAAAGCUUUUAUAGCUAUCAACCUGAGGACUACUCCUGGAUUACUAAAGUAAACACUUCACCUGCCUUCUUAAUUGUCAUCGUUAGCAAAAAACAUGGUUCAGAACCUCUGCUGUGGUUUUCCACCUUGAUUUGCGGGCUGGAGCGCUAUCUACAAAAAGACUCUCUUGCAGAUUGUGCAGUGCUUACAUAUGGGGGGAGUUUCAGAACAUGAGAUUCUGCAUUUGGCUCCCCAGCCAUGCAGUCUUAGCUUUGAAAGAAAAGUUUUACAUAAACACAUUUAUUGAAGAGCAGAUGGAAGUUUUGCUUAGCAUCAGGAUGUAGGAUUGCCAUCAAGUCUGACAACAUGAUCUGUGGGGAGUUGAGGAGGGAAGCUUCUUCAUUACUUACCAAAGAAAUAGUCAUCUGCUUAGUCAUUUCUGAAUAAUUCAAAGCCAUUGACUGUGCUUCUUCCAGUUGUUACUUGGAUAUCUAUCUAUCUAUAUAUGUACACACACAUACAUGCAUACAAUAGUUUUUCAUGCUGACAGUGUAUCAUGCUGACAGACGUUUUCUCUUAGGUUUGUUUAUACACGACUAAGGAUAUUUCCUCUCUAGUUACCGAGAUUUUAUCACAUGCUCAUGCUUAAGAGGGAUAAUUUUAUACUUGAACAGCUAAUCCAAGCUCAAGAUUAAACUAGUGCUUUCUGAAAAAGGACAAAACAAGCCAGUAACAUUUUAGAUCCUAAAUGGGGACCAUCUGUCUAUUAAAGUAGCAGUUUCUGUAGUGAUUCAAAACCAGCUAGUUCACAUAGUCAGAGGGCAGCAAGAAAAUAACUAGUAGAUACAGGUGCUUCUUGAGAUGAUUCUGUGUGCGUAUGUGCAUGCGUGAGUGCCUGCGUGUGGGUGCUAAACAAAAAAAAAUCAGGUGGAAUUUUAAUGUACACUUAAUGGAAAAUAAGUUUUAAUAAUUCUGUCAUCUGAAAGGGAAAUGCGUGUAUUGCUUUUUAAAAUUCAAAUGUUCAUCCUUCAUGUGAAUACAUAUAUUUUUUUAUCUGAAUCUUUUUAUUGAUUUUAAAACAAGCCAAUACAAGUACACUCAUUUAAAAAAAAAUGGUAUUGUAACAAUUCAAAAGUAUAUUUUAACCAGCUUUCCUCAGGUCUUUAGUCAUACUAUAUAUUUGUAGCUGUUUUGUCUGCACUUCUGUCAGUGUUUACAGUAUUUAUGCUGUGACUCUAAAGUGCACUCCACAAGUACACAAUGUACAUCCACAGGAAAGCCUUACUGUAGUCAAACGUGAGCAAUAUUUUUCAGUCACGGCUGGCAGAAGUGUAAAGAACCUAUGGUCUAAAAAAUGUCUAAAGUACAUACGGUCUAAUAUUGCUAUCUAAUCCUGCACUUGUUACUUGGGCAAAACAGGGCAGUUCUGUGUGGCCAACUAUUAACCAGUGUAAAAUCACUAUAAAAUAGACUUGAUCAUAACCAGUGAGAUGGUUGGUAACCUGGAACUCUAUUUUAAACCAGUAAUCCAUUGUUUUACAUAGCAAAUGACUAAAAUUCCUUCUGUGUACACUAGAACAGGUAUAUCUGCACCAUAUUUGUUUAAAAAGGUAUGGCUUGUAUCCCUAAGUAGUUUAUUUGAUAUUUGCAGGAUGCUGACCAUCGCUUCCUUGCGCAUUGGCAGUGGUCUGUGUUGGAAUUGUUGAGUCGCUCUUUGAAAAGAGAAUUACUGUGACUUUCACAGCUGCAUAAAAGGGAAUUAGCCUUGCAUUGCGCUCUUGACAAGUUGUGAGGUAUAAGAUUUUUUUUUCCUUCAGCGGAAAUAAAGAGUGCUGUUGCCUUUAUAAAA